AUGGAAACACCGCUUCAUGCGGUCCAGCAGAUGCUGACCCUGCCCGAAGCGCCGGCCUCCAAUGCCUUUGUGCACUUUCACCCCUGCUAUGCCCACUGCGCCCAGACCGUCGAGAAGUACGCGAACUGGGGCCCACUGGAGGAGGCUGAACCGGGCAGCGAAUGGUUUCCUUAUAACCUGGGCCACCAGAAUUGGGGUCCAGUGAGUCUACAGGCUGCCGAGAGGUGGUCUCGUAUGUAUCCCUUCGGAACGGAUCCUCAAGACGCGUACGGGCGUGCCGAGCUGGCCGAGCCGGAGAAGGAGGACACCCCAGAGCAGAGCGAACGGCUUGCGAUGGAGCAGAAGAUGGAGGCCUUUGGCAAGGUGACUCACAAGCCGCUCAACGCCCACGCGAGAGAGUUCGUCCCAGGGCAGCCGGUCUCGCUGCAGGACCACAUCCACCAGGAAAACAUCGAGACAACUCCCGCAAGACCGCGCAGCGUUGAACAGAGUCAGAGAACGCCACGUCUUCCCUCAGCAGACCCCUCAGAUGCAAGCUCUCCAAAGGACGGCGAAGGGCUUUGUAUACCAAGCGCACCAGUUGACGAAGCAGACAGAGCUAUGGAGAAGCAGCGUCCCCUGGUCCAGCCUUCCUCGCCCCCGCCUGAAGCGUCGUCUGCGUGCACGAAGGAGCCGUCCUUGCAGGAACAGAUCGAUUUGGCCAACGCCUGCCAUCUCAAGACCCGGGAGCUCGACCCCGAUUUGUGCAAGAACAUGGAGCUGUUCUCUGAGCUGUCGAGAUUUGAACGGCGCUGUCAGCGUUGCCCCAGCCAGGCCCUUGUCUACCUCUACCGGGGCCUGCGGAAGUUGCUCAUGGGGCUGUGGGGUGAGGCCGAUGGCUGCUUUCGGAAGUCCCUGGAGCUUGAUGCCAACAUUGGAAUGACCUAUGGCUACCUGGGCUGCUGCAAGAGGAAGCUGGGGCAGGUGGAUGAGGCCGAAGACUGCUUCCUGCGCACCCUGAGAAUUGACCCCACGAUCGCCCUCGCCCACUACAACCUGAUCACCGUGAAGUAUUUGUCGAAGGGACAGCUGGAAGAGGCUCAGGAGCGCUUCGCGGAGGGUCUCAGGCGGUUUCCGAGCAGUGCGGCGUUUCCUUAUGGCCUGGGCCUUGUGAUGAAGUUGCAAGGGAAGGUGAUUGCUGCUCAGGCGUGCUUCAGUAGGGCCUGGCAUCUGAAUCCCGAUAACGACCUUGCGUAUGACGAGCUCUUGAAGGCGGGCUGCGGUGGACUUAAUCAGGAUGCACCCCCCCCCUUCCCGCCCAGACAGCAGAGCCUCAAUGAAAGAAAUGUACUGGUCAGCAACAACCAGGGCACUACGACGUCCCACUGGGCGGUUGGCGAUAAAAGCGCCAAGGGAAACUUCGCCGAGCAAAGCCGCCUCGGCUACUGUUGCUUCGGUUUUGUCUUCGGGGCUCGAUCCGCAGACGAGCUGGCCGCGUUCGCGAUUCAACCUGCCCGAUUCAGGAAACUGAAUGACUCCUGGGACUAUGAUGGCUCCGGCGCCCUGUCUUUGGAGGACCUGCUCUUAGAGUACAUCCAGCUUGAUGGGCAAAGUGGGGGGCCGGAGACUGAGCGGACCGCUGGCCACAGUAUCUGGGGCAUCGAUCCUGCGAAGGGCUUGGACAAGGCAGUGUUCAAGACAUGGCUGAGCCAUCUGUCAAAGCAGCUGGCUGCAGCGCUCUACGCCCGUAGCUGUGCCAACAUUUGUCAUUCUGGUUACUUCAGGGAAGGUCAAUUUCCACAUGCUGGAUUAAUGGGUCAUUCUGCGAUGCGUCACAUUUCGGCGGUAUACGGCAGUAACACUCACGAGCAGGGCCAGACCGCCGAGAACCUGGCUCUGGCCAAGGACGAUGAGGUCAAGGGCCCCAAAUUGGAACUAGUCUUGGCAGGAGCACUCGUGCGUCGCCUCAGCAAAUUCCGGCUCCUCGCCGCAGCAGCCAAACGAAGGCGCGGCUUCGCCGCGGGACAGAACGCGCACUACGCGAAGACGGCGCCAUCAUCGAACGCGACGAAGACCUACAACGAUGGAUGCCGCUGGCCACUCGCGCUGCCCAGCGCUGCGCGGAAAACAAAACGGGUUGCCAGUCUCAUUCUGCUCCCACGUGUCGCGUUGUCCCAGGCAAAGCGCGAAACAAGCAAAGCUCGACUAGCCAAGUCGCUACGAGUUCCAGGCGACCUCAAGGAUUCUCGUUUGCCGAAGGUGAAGGCGCCACCAAACAAUGGGACGAUGGUGCUGUACGCGGCGCUCUUCGGCGGGGUCGAGGCGGUCUGGACAGUUGCUGCAACUCUUUCCCAUCGGUCACCGUUGGCCUCACCCUUCAGCGAGAGCAAGAGGGCCCAAGCUAAGGCCUCGCACUGCGCGGAGCUUCUUCCCAAGGCAGGACCUCCCUCGGACCAUCUUGCCCUGAACACGGCAUACGCGAAGUGGGAGGACGCGCGCCGGAACCGAGGUGUCGAGAGCUUCUGCAGAAAGAACUGGCUGAACAACCAGGCAGCGGGUUGA